GAAAUGGGGGAUCUGGAGAGAAUGGGCAGAGAACUCAAAUGUCCCAUUUGUUUGAGUUUGAUCGAUUCUGCAGUUUCACUUACCUGCAAUCAUAUUUUCUGCAACUCAUGUAUUUUCAAGUCCAUGAAGUCUGCUUCUGCAUGUCCUGUCUGUAAAGUACCCUUCACUCGUAGAGAGGUUCGUCCUGCUCCUCACAUGGACAACUUGGUCAGCAUCUACAAAAGCAUGGAAGUUGCUUCGGGAAUUAGUAUGUUUGUCACUCAGAAUGAUCCUGCUACCAAGUUAUCAGAUGGAGAAAAACAAUGUGAAGGUGAUGCUGACUCUGGUAAGAAAGAAGCUGGUGGAACUCAUAAAAAUCAUGUACAGGAGAAAAAAAGUUUAAAGAGAAAGAAGUCAAGGAAGAAGAUUAAUACCAGCAUGAAAAACUCCGGUUCUGAUUUUGCAAAACCUUCUUUUCCAGCAAAGAAAAGGGUUCAGGUGCCACAAAAUCUUCUUUCAGAAACUCCAUUAAAAAAUUUGAAGUUUGGAAACUCUCCUAGCGCAAUUAUCAAAGAGGGAACAGAAAAGGUUUCAGUCAUGGCAAAUGAAAGUAAUAAAGAUGAUCAUAUUCGUUCGCCUUUCUUUUGGUUAAGAGAGGAGGAAGAUGGUGAAAAGUUAAGUCAGCACAUUAAUGAGGAUCAACUUAUUGAUGGCUCAACACCAAUCCCUCCUUCAUUCAGUGAUCUCAAGGACUCUGAUGAUGAAAACCCUUCGAAAGCAGCUCCUUCAGAUGAGGUGCAAAAUAAAGCCUCUGCUGAUUUAUUUGAUAGUGAGAUGUUUGAAUGGACACAAAGGCCUUGCUCUCCUGAAUUAUUUUCAAGUCCCUUCAGAAUGCAGGUUGUAGAUGCUGGUGAGAUUGAUGAAAAUCAUGAGGAAUUGGUAGCAGACUCACAGGAGCUGAAAACAAAUCAGUCAAGUGCUUUUGCCGACAAAGGAAAAACUGAGAAUCCUAAAGAAGGAAAUAGAUUGGCCGAUGUGUUUCCACCGAGUGUGUUCUCUCCACAAAUUAUAAGUUAUGAUGAUCUAAAUGGAAUACAAAAGUCUACAAAGAGAAGGAGGAAGGCUAGUGAAAAAGCUAGGCAAGAGCAGAUUGUGGAACAAAAUGAUCCAAUUGAUGGAAUGAAUGUUGAUUUAAAUAUCUCAUUAAGAGGCAAUCAGGAGCAAGCACGGGAUUAUAAGCACAAAUCUUCUAAUCUGGGGAAGACUAAUAGAAGGGGCAAGAGGGUUUGUUUCAAUACCAGUAAAAAUCUAACACCUCAAACUGCUUGUACAGUCUCCAAUGUAUUAGGAGUUCUGAGCAAUGAUGAAGUGAAUAUGGCUAAGAAUUCACAUACUUCACCAUGUAAACAAGAAAGUGGAAAGCAUUGUCCUCAGGACAUUGCUGGAAAAAGUCAGAUAAAUAGAUCUGGAAAACAAAAGCUGGAUUAUGUGCAGGAUGUAGCUAAAGAUUUAUCUUCAAUGCAAGACCAAGCUAAUGAGUUUGCUGGUUCUACUUCAUCCUUUUUGAGUCUGCAGGCGAAUAAUGAUGUAAAGGCCUCCAAUAGCAGGCAAAGCAAAAACAAUUUUUCCAGAAAAUCUAUAUCUUGCAGCAGAGAAUUGAGGAGUACUAAAAUGCUGAAACUUUCUUCUGAUUGUAUCUCUACUACUAAAAAUAGUGAUGGAGUCCAACCUAAUGAAAGUCGUCAGCGAGGUCCUGAUGUCAGAGCAUUGAAUAAUCCAUCAAAAGAGAAACAUUGUCCAUUGGUGGAUGAACCUGUUUUAAGGAAAUGUGAGAGCCAUGUCAAAAUGUAUCAAUGUGCUUUCUGUCUGUCAUCAGAAGAAUCAAAGGUUUCUGGACCGAUGGUGCAUUACUUUGAAGGGAAACCUGUAAUUGCAGAUUAUGAAGGAGGAUCUAAAGUCACACAUUGUCACAGGAACUGCACGGAAUGGGCGCCCAAUGUAUAUUUUGAAGAUGAUAAUGCAAUUAAUCUUGAAGCUGAAAUAAACAGAAGUAGGAGAAUCAAAUGUAGCUUUUGUGGACUUAAAGGGGCUGCACUCGGUUGUUAUGAUAAAAGCUGUCGCAGGAGCUUUCAUGUUCCUUGCGCCAAGUUGACUUCUCAAUGUCGAUGGGAUAUGGAAAACUUCGUCAUGUUAUGCCCUAUACAUGCUUCCUCCAUCUUGCCCUGUGAAAGUUCAGUAUCCCAAGAAAGGAGCAAGAAAUGCACAGUUAGAGAGGUUAAAAGCGGUGGUCGGAAACAUGAGACUACAAGCCAAAAUCGAACUGUUGAUGGAUCAUACAAGAAAAUUGUACUAUGUUGUUCAGCUCUAUCCGUACAGGAGAGGGAUGUUGUUUCAGAAUUUAAAAGAGUAUCCAAGGUUACAGUUCUGAAAAAUUGGGAUUCAAGCGUAACCCAUGUUAUAGCAUCAAUAGAUGAAAAUGGCGCAUGCAGAAGAACCCUGAAAGUAUUGCUGGGCAUCCUGGAGGGGAAGUGGAUUCUCAAUAUUGAGUGGAUCAGAGCUUGCUUGAAAGAAACGAAACCUGUUGAUGAGGAGCAUUAUGAAAUAAAUGUUGACAUUCAUGGAAUCAGGGACGGUCCUCGCGUUGGACGACUAAGAGCAUUGAACAAGCAACCGAAGCUUUUUGAUGGUUACAAGUUCUAUUUUAUGGGGGAUUUUAAACCAUCAUAUAAGAGCUAUCUGCAAGACCUUGUGAUUGCUGCUGGAGGGAUAAUUCUGCAUAGAAAACCAGUGUCUGGUGACCCAGAAGCAAUGUCGCCUGAUAUGCAUCCAUACCAAACACUCAUAAUUUACAGCCUUGAGCUUCCUGAUAAAUGCAAUCCUUUAAAAACAGAUACGAUUUUCAGCCAAAGGCAACGUGAUGCGGAGGUUCUGGCAAGUUCUACCGGUUCAAAGGUUGCAAGUAAUACAUGGAUUCUGAAUUCAAUUGCAGCCUGCAAGCUGCAAAGCCAUCCUCAAUAAAAUGUUC